AGAAAAUCAAAGGUGAGGGCCGCAGUGCAAGCAGGAGCUCCAUUGACAGCUCCCACCCCCUCCACAUCCAACAUCAUGCUCGCGCAAUCCAUCAGGGCCUCGGCGCUCGCACGCGUUGCUCGCCAGCAGCCUACCAUUGCUCGCCGCACCUUCAUCACCCCUACGGCCGUUCGCUCAGCCGAUCUGGUGCAGGAUCUCUACCUCCGCGAGCUGAAGAACUACAAGGUUCCCCAGGUCAAGGCCAACGAUGCUGAGGGCCAAGUCCAGAAGUUCUCCAUCCCCGCCGCUCCCAAGUCCCCCGAGGAGGCCGAUAUUGCGAACGAGCUCAAGGCCUACGAGACCGAGCAGCCCGAUGUUGGCGCUGAGGCUGCCACAGAGGGCGGCCAGGUCCUGCCUGAAGAGGACUGGUUCGUUGAGGAGGACGAGUCAAUUACCACCUCCGGUGCCACCCACUAAGCUGGCUGCGCUCUGAUAUUCAGAUCAUCUGUACCAAAUACUAGCGAAUGUGUCAAUAUGGAUUGGGCAAUAGACCGAGCUUGAACACCUGCACAGCGCGCUCUCAAUCACGUGAUACGGGUUUUGAAG